AUGAAAAUGACCGAGUCGAACGGAAGAUUAAAUCGAACGAGUUUUUUUAGUAUUGGAAUGAAGUUCAAAACGGAUAAAGUUUAUCUUCAUCAUUAUGAAAGAUUCUAUGAAAAAUACCUUUCGCAGUAUCGAGAUACAUCAGUACGUUUACUGGAAAUCGGUUUGGGUUGUGACAUGAUUCAAGCGAUUGGUGCGUCUGCUCGUACCUGGCGAGAAUAUCUAGGAGAUCAAGCGGAGAUACAUAUUCUUGAAAUCGAUAUGAAAUGCGGUGAAAAAUGGUUUUCUACGAUAGGUAAACAGAUUAAUGUUAUUCUUCAUUACGGAGAUCAAGAAAAUGUCAUGUUUCUUGAAACUUUUAAGUCGAAAAUGAACAAAUUCGAUAUUAUUAUUGAUGAUGGUGGACAUACAAUGAACCAACAGAGAACAUCGUUGAUAACACUAUCUCCGCUUGUUCGUACAGGUGGUUUAUAUAUCAUUGAAGAUCUUGAAACGAGUUACCGUCGUUUUUAUGGUGGUCAAUAUCUCAAUUCUUCAACUACAAUCGGAAUGUUGAAAAGUUUUAUCGAUGAUGUCCAAUCUGAAGUACCAGUCAAGACGGUUCCUGUUUCCGCGCGAAUAUUUUCUUUUGAAAUCGGUGAUGGUAUUUGCAUUUUAACAAUAAAAUAG